AUGUCAUUUAAUAACCCAGAAGGAGACACAGCGAUUGAAUAUGACUUAAUGGAAGAGAGGUUGUCGAAAAUAAGAACACAAAUCAACUCCAAAUUAGAAAAUCAAAAGAAUCUUGCAGUUAUUUUGUCUGCGGUUGAAGAAAACCUAGAAGAACAAAAGAAUGAAAAGACACCGGUGGCAUAUUUUGUCUCAUUUUUGUCACUUUUAGAUGAGUCAGUGACAGAGGAUGCUGUCACCGAUAUUAAUAUAGCGACGUCUACGGCAUACUUUUUAGAUAUCGUAUUUCCAUUUACUCCAAAAGCUUUGCUACAAUCUAAAUUUGGAGAUAUAUUGGUAAAAUUGGCUGUUCCGUUGACACAUCAAGAUUCAGGAGCUCCAUUAGUUAGAUCCACAAUAGGGGCUUUAGAAAGUUUGUUAUUGGCACAAAAUCAUCAGCAAUGGAUCUCUUCUGGAUCUGUAUCUCCUAAACGAGCUCUCGUUGGUUUGUUGGAAUUAUCAUUUGAUCCAAGACCAAAAGUCCGUAGAAGAGCUCAAGAAUCUGUGCAUAAGAUAUUAAUGAAUCCGCCAACAUCUCCUUCUCCCAUACAUGUCGCGUCGCCUCUUGUUGGAGAUAUUUCAUUAAAGAGAUUAGUGAGUUUGAUUGAAACCAGCAAGGGAAAGAAAAGUGGGCAACAAAAUAAAGAAACAAAUUCCCAGGUUAUACAUGCUUUGCAACUCAUCAGUUCAAUAACCUCAGCAAAUUCGUGGCCAUCGGCCCUCAUUGAGAAUUUGUGUGACGUGUUACUCGAUAUCUCAAAAACAUCAGAUCAAUAUUUGGUUUCUGCUGCAUUUUCUGCUUUCGAAGGCUUGUUCAAAUCUAUGUCUAAUAUUAUAGACAUCGAGAAGUUCAACAAGGUAUUAACAAUAAUAAUUGAGUUGAAACCCUCUAUCAAUGACCACCAUUUGGCAGCUUCUUGGUUGGCAGUCGUUGCCAGAGCUCUCGAAAGCUACUCUGUUUUGUCUCCUGAAGUAUGUUUGCAACAACUACCAGACAUUUUGCCUAUUAUUUCUCUGUUUUUGGGAUCCGAGUCGAAGAGCAUAUAUUAUUCUGCAGCACAAUGCUUUAUAGCAAUCAUAUCCCAGACGAUUCCAGAUAAAUAUUUAUUAGAGCCUUCGUCUGAGAAUGGCAUAUCUACUGAUGUUUACGACCUCAUGGAGACUUUGACCUCCUUUUUAGGAGCUCAUUUUGAAAAGGAGCUUCUUUCUAUUAAAUACCAGCAUGCUACAAAAGAAGUCUUGGGCAUUGUGACAGCUUGCAUCUCAAAAUUAAGAAGCAGGAGCAAUCCUGAUCUUUUGGGAGCAUUAGAAAUCAUUGGAGACUGGAGGACCAACGAAACAGAAACUUUUCCUUAUAACAAAGAGGCAGAGGAGACUAUCGCAGCUUCGAUAUCUGCAAUAGGUGCGGAAGUUGUAUUAAAUGUAUUACCUUUGAAUUUAAGAAGCUCGAAUCAAACAGGAAGAGCUUGGCUACUUCCACUCCUUAGAGAUAAUGUCAGAUUUUCAGAGUUGAACUACUACAGGAAGGAAAUACUACCUUUAACUGACUUUUUUAAAGAGAAAAUAUCAAAUAGCGAUACAAAAGCCGCUUUUCACAAUAAAGUUUUCCAAACUAUAAUAGACCAAAUUUGGUCAAUUCUUCCACAUUUUUGUGAUCUUCCCAAAGAUUUAAGAAUAGCAUUUGAUGAUGGAUUUGCGGCGGCCCUUGCAGAUUUGAUGUACUCUGAUAUUAGUUUGAGGGUUCCCAUAUGCCAUGCUUUGAAAUUACUCGUGGAGUCUAACCUAAUCUACAGCGAAGGUGCGCUCGAAGACGACUUAUUGAUGCUACAAGAGUUACCAAUUGAAGAAUCCAAAAGGAAUUUGGAGUAUUUAUCCGCCAUGGCUGCGAAUAUUUUAUCGGUCUUGUUUAAUGUGUUCUCGUCCACCUUGUCUGAAUCAGCGGGUUUUAUCUUAGAGACAAUUGAAGUUUACCUUCAAAUAGUACCCAAAAAUGAGUUAGAAGUUACAUUCAAUAAAGUUUGUGUCUUACUUAAAGAAUCAAUGGAUAGCGAAAUUACAGACUUUAAGUCUAAAUCUCAAAGCGAUAAGAAUGUGGUUCCAAAAAUGAGUGUAAAAAUGUUAGACUUGAUUGUAUCUAUGGCGAAGUAUAUUCCAGAAUCUUCUUUCAAUGCACUUUUUGCAAUUUUUCAAACUACAGUCUCUUCAAAAGACAACUUACUAUUCCAGAAAAGAUCUUACAGAAUCCUCACAAAAUUGGCUGAGACUGAAAAAGGCUCAAAUGCAAUUCAGCAAUAUAUCAGUGAUCUUGUGGAAGUCUUCAUAACAACUUCGGAUACUACCCAGAACUCUGCAAGGCCUUCUCGUUUAGCAGCUAUCUCCUUAUUGUUUGAUUUAUUACCACAGGAUAAUUUAUAUUUUAUUCCAGCGAUUUUGCAGGAAAUAAUCAUGUCAACUAAAGAUGUCAACGAGAAAUCUAGAUCCUAUUCUUAUGAAAUUUUAAUAAAGAUGGGCCAUUUAAUGUUGAAUGGGGGAGUCAUCGAUAACAGCAAAGUUCCUGGGUUCCCUUCAGGCGCUGAACCGACUCAGGCUACAUUGAAUGAAUAUUUCACUAUGGUGAGUGCUGGUUUAGCGGCACAAUCUCCCCAUAUGAUUUCCGCAACAAUAACUGCUCUCUCUUGCUUGGUAUAUGAGUUCAAGGAUGAACUCCCGCAUGAAACUUUAUUAGAAAUCGCUUCAACGGUAGAAUUGUUUUUAACGCACAACGCCAGAGAAAUUGCAAAAUCUGCCAUUGGAUUUGUGAAAGUAGAGAUUCUUUCGUUACCAGACGACAUAAUCAAGCCAAAUUUAGGUAAUAUGCUUGAAAAGUUGAUGAGAUGGUCCCAUGAACAUAAAGGGCACUUCAAAUCGAAGGUUAAGCAUAUAUUGGAACGGUUAAUUAGAAAGUUUGGAAUAGAAGAUAUUCAUGAAGCAAUGCCUGAGGAAGAUAAGAAGCUUAUUACAAGUAUCAAGAAGGCUAAAAAUAGAGCAAAGAAUAAACAGACUAACACUCAAGAGAACAAAGAAGGUGACAAAAAUUUCGUAUCGGCUUACGAGGAAGCUUUGUAUGACUCUGAUGAUUCUGACGAUAAUCAAGAUAAUUACGAGUCAGAAACGAAAGGUCCAGCUAAGCAGUUUAUUUUGGACACCGGCGAUGAACCACUCGACUUAAUGGAUCGCCAAUCCCUAGCUCAUAUUUCCUCUUCAAAGCCGAAGACUAUAUCGAAGUCUGAAGCUUCCAAUAGGAAAUCGGAAUUCAAAACCAAAAAUGGAAAGUUGGUAUUUAAUGAUGAUAAUUUGGAUGAUGACAUUUUGACUAAAAAUGGAUCUGGGAUUGAUGCAUACUUGGAUGCAGUUAAACAGGCUCCUAUCAGAGGCCAAAGAAAUAAACUUAAAUUCAAAAAAUCGGGAAAUAACUACGAAUCAGAUGAUUUUGAAGAGGAAGACAGCUUAGUUCCUGAAAAGAAACCUUCCAGAAGCCGUAAUAUUAAUAAAUCCAAAAUAUCGAAGCCAAAACAUAAAUUUAAAAGCAGGAAAAAAUUCUAA